AUGGGGCAAUUUCAUUCAACUAGCCAGGCGACCUCCGAUACGCCAGAGAAAAAGGACCAGAAAACGGACUAUUAUGAGUUACUCGGGCUAGAACGUGGUGCGACAGACGAGGAGAUUAAGAAAGCAUACAGAAAGAAAGCUUUAGUGCUCCAUCCUGAUCGAAAUUAUGGGAAUGUUGAAGAAGCCACCAAACUCUUUGCCGAAAUCCAAUCUGCAUACGAAGUACUGGCCGAUCCCCAAGAACGAGCUUGGUAUGACUCCCAUAGCGAUGCGUUUCUAGGGACCGACGGAAGUACCAAUGAUCAACACUCCUAUAAUGUCCGAAUCACAACGGCCGAAGAUGUUCUCAAGCUGUUUUCGAAGUUCAGUCCUCGAAUGGAGUUCUCCGACGCUCCAACUGGAUUCUUUGGUGGUCUGCGAGAACAGUUCGCACAACUUGCGCUAGAGGAAAGUCUAGCCUGCCAGUGGGAAAAUCGUGACCCUAUCGACUAUCCGACUUUUGGCCUUGCGGGUGAUGAUUUCGAGAACGUCGUGCGGCCCUUCUAUGCGGCAUGGACCGGGUUCUCCACCCAAAAAUCUUUUGCAUGGAGGGAUGUCCAUCGCUACUCAGAAGCGCCUGAUCGUCGGGUGCGGCGCAUGAUGGAAAAGGAAAAUAAGAGACUCCGAGAGGAGGGUAUCCGGGGAUUCAACGAUGCUGUCAGGUCUCUCGUGGCUUUUGUCAAAAAACGUGACCCGCGCUAUAAGAUCAAUGCCCAGAGUGAGGCACAACGCCAGGAGACUCUUCGCCAAUCCGUGGCUGCACAGGCUGCAAGAUCACGAGCCAUUCAUCAAGCCAGAAUGCGGGAUCAUGUCCUCCCUGCGUGGGCACAGUCGGAGCAAUCAUUGACGGAUGAAGACGAAGAAAGCGAGGAGAGCGAAGUUGAGAGUUUUGAAUGUGUCGUAUGCCACAAAUAUUUCAAAAGCCAAAAGCAAUAUGAGGCGCAUGAACGUAGCAAAAAGCAUCUGAAGGCAGUCAAACAACUAUGCUGGGAGAUGCGAAUGCAGAACGACGAAUUGGAUUUGGAGUCUAUGCAUACCACAAGUACCAAUUCAGCUACGACUCAGCAGCCCCUUGAUGUUGAGCAUGAUAAGCAUGCGGUGGAGGUCACUCUACACGAUCCCGCAUUGGGUGAUGCUAUCCUGAAGAGUCAAGAAAGCCCCGACGCUGAGGAGCAAGGAAGCCCCCACGGUCUGGGUGAAGCAAUUCCUUUCUCCAAUCCGAUCUCCCUGGAAGUUUCAGAGGACGGCGAUUAUGCCUCCAGAGAAUAUGUCGAGACGAGGCUUUGUGAUGACAUGGAUACUCUGUCUACGGGCGCCGGGGAGCUUGAAACUCCUGACCAACCGUCAUCUUCCGGUAUUAUCGAGCAGUCGCCGACUCCCAGGUUGGGGAAAGCAAAGCAGAAACGCGCAAAGAAGGCCGCCAAACAAGCAACUCUGUCCACAGGAUGUGUUUGUGCAACUUGUCAAGAGUCCUUCGUAUCCAAGUCUAAGCUGUUCGAUCACAUUAAAGCACUCGAUCACGCCCAACCCCAGAUGCGAUCAGUUGCUAAGAAGGGGAGAAAACAACAGUGA